AUGCCGCUCGGGUUUGCUUCCGCGAUAUUGGCCGCGUUGGUCAUGAUCAUGAAGUUCGAGCCCACGCUUCUGACUGAUCCGGCAAGUUUCGGCACAGGUCUGCUGACAAGCAAUCCGGGCACAGGUCCUCUUUAUCUUCUCACUCAGAAGAUCUUCGACCUGAUGACAGAAUAUGUCCUGAUUUCGGUGCCCCUGUUCAUUUUCAUGGCAGCGCUUCUGGAGCGCUCCGGCAUCGCCAAGCAAAUGUAUGACAGUCUCGAUUUCUGGCUGAGCCGGGCGCGCGGCGGUGUUGCCAUCGUAACCUCUAUAAUGGCGGUGUUGAUGGCGGCCAUGUCCGGCAUCAUCGGUGGCGAGGUCGUGCUGCUUGGACUGAUCGCCCUGCCCCAGAUGCUGCGCCUCGGUUAUAAUCAGAACCUCGCAAUCGGCACCAUCUGUGCGUCCGGCUCGCUCGGCACGAUGAUCCCGCCAUCGAUUGUCCUGAUCAUUUACGGCCUGAUCACGGAAACAUCGAUCAAGGCCCUGUUCACCGGUGCAUUCAUUCCGGGCUUCAUGCUCGCCAGUUUCAUCAUGAUUUACAUCAUCGUCCGGACCCAGCUGGACCCAUCGCAGGCGCCACUGCCCGAACCUCGGGAAGGUGACCCUGAAGGCGGUGAAAAGCUCCUGAUGUUCGGCGGAUUCGUAAGCGUGGUCGCUACCGGUAUCAUGGCGGUACUGAUCGCCUGGACUGCGUUCCUGACCGUGAUGGGGCGGAACGAUCCGAGCGUCGAGGGUUUCGAAGCUCCCCUUGUAGGAAUGACAAGUGACCUCCCCUGGCUUAUCGGGAUAGCAGUGAUCGCCCUUGCGUUCAUAUUCCUGGUUGCAGGGCGGCAGAGAACCGCCUCCGGGUGGGAACAUGGCAAGGGGCUUGUUCCGCCGCUGCUGGUCAUCGGGAUCGUCCUUGGAUCGAUCUAUGGCGGUGUCACCGGGAUCACCGAAGCUGCCGGCAUGGGUGCGGUUGCUGUCUUCCUGAUUGCCGUUUUCCGCGGCGAAGCGUCCGUUGACCUGCUCUGGGUCUCCAUGAUGCGCACGCUGCGUUCAACAGGCACCAUCAUCUGGGUGACAAUCGGCGCGGCAACGCUCGCCGGUGCGUAUACGCUUGCAGGCGGUCCAACUUAUAUUGCACAGCUCAUCAUUGGCGCAGAUAUGCCGUCCAUGCUGGUGAUCCUUACGAUGAUGGUGAUCCUGCUGUUCAUGGGUGCCUUCAUGGACUGGGUCGGCAUCGUGUUGCUCAUCAUUCCGGUGUUCCUGCCUAUCGUGAAAAGACUGCCGAUCGACGAAAUCGGAUUCAUCGGCACAUUGUCACCACAGCAUGUCGCAGUCUGGUUCGGGGUCCUGUUCUGCAUGAACAUGCAGGUCAGUUUCCUGUCGCCACCAUUCGGACCCGCCGCGUUCUAUCUGAAAUCGGUCGCUCCUGCGCAUAUCUCGCUGACCGAUAUUUUCCGCGGUUUUCUACCGUUCAUAGGGGUGCAGUUGGUCGCGCUCGCAGUUCUGCUGAUCUGGCCAACAAUCGUCACCCUGCUGCUCUGA